GUCUCCACUCUACCACAAUGACCGUUUUUGUCUGUUUGCGGCACCCGUUACUUCUAUCGAUUGUUAAAUAGAUUUUCCUUUAUGAAAAACGGAAAGAGAUUUAUUCGGUUCGAACCGCGAAUAGUUUCCCUGUGUACGCGUUAUUUUGCUUUUGUUAGUGGUUCUGUUACAAACUUUUGUGCUUAUUGGAAAGAGAAUUAGCAGCCAAUUCCAUUCAUAGAACGCAAAAUAUUACCUGUUUAUGCUGACAGUGACUUUCACUCGUAAUCCUGCGCAGUCCUGCUAAAGUUGCCGCAAGCUUUAACAGCCAAUAAAGAAGCUCGCAUGUGCCUGGACUACGAUCCACUCCAUCGAUCGGUGGUCAGUAAAUCGCGAACGCGGAACGUUCUGUGCGACUUUAUGCGGUACGCGUGUGUUAUAUUCGAUAAAAAAACAGUUUAAUUAAAACAAUUAGCGUGGCGUUAUUAGGACCUUUUAGUGUCAUCAAUAUUUGAAGUGACUGAAGCUUAAUUUGGUGUAUCCACUGCGCUUUUUGUCCUGAUAGAGACUUAAAUAAUGGGGAUCCUUGGACGUAAGAUGUAAGAUGAUAACGGUUGUAAAGGGAAGAAGUUCAACCCAUUCUCCAUCUUCUAUUUUAAUUUACUGAACGACUAUGAGUUGGAUCUAUUAAUUAUCAUGAUUGUCCACAAAAAUCACAGCUCGUCAUUGUCAGCAACAUACUACCGAAGUAAAAGUAACUCUUUAAUAGAAAAUGAGUCGACUACGUGUUCAUUUAUGAAAUCAACUUGAGUAAAUCGACUCUGGCCUAGUGGACUAGAAAUUCCAUUUAUAUCUAUCAUUCGAUUUAUUAUGUUGUGAUCACGUAUUAUCGAAGAAAUACGUUCGCAAAUGGAGUCCAAUACGACUGAGUCGUACACCUACCUUGAGCCUACAGAUUUGGACAACAACGCAACCCUAAUAACUGAUCUAUCUUGUAACGCAACUCAUCAUUUGAAUGUGACCUGUGAGUUACCGUUGACAUACGCCAUUCCUCUUUAUGGAUACUUCAUGCCAAUUCUGUUGGUCAUAACGAUAGUGGCCAACACGCUCAUCGUUGUGGUGCUGAGUAAACGGCACAUGCGCACUCCGACAAAUGUCGUCCUUAUGGCCAUGGCACUAUGUGAUAUGUUCACUCUACUGAUUCCCGCGCCGUGGUUCAUUUACAUGUACACAUUCGGAAAUCACUAUCGACCCCUUGCACCAGUGGGAGUCUGCUAUGCGUAUAACGUUAUGAACGAGAUCCUUCCCAACCUGUUUCACACAUCUAGUAUAUGGCUAACAUUGGCGUUAGCAGUACAACGAUACAUUUACGUUUGCCAUCCUCCAGUGGCCAGGAAGUUCUGUACAAUGCCUAAUGUUAACAAGGGCUUGUUCUACAUUAUAUUCGCUGCAACUCUUCACCAAGGUUUACGAUUCUUCGACACGAAGUUUGGAGAGGAAAAGAUCCUUUGGAACAACGAAGAACACUCCGUUUGUACGAAGACCACCGCCUACUGGGUGGUCCACUACGUCACCGAAGACGUCUACUACACGUGUUAUUACCUCUUUCGAAUAAUAUUCGUUCACCUAGUGCCCUGUUUCGCCCUGGUCGUCUUGAACGUGUUACUGUUCAAAGCACUGAGGCAAGCCCAACACCGACGAGAGCAGCUGCUCUCAAAAAAGACUCAAAAAACCGAAUGUAAAAAACUGAGAGAUUCAAACUGCACCACACUGAUGUUAAUCGUUGUUGUUACGGUAUUUCUAACGGUCGAAAUACCUUUAGCGGUCGUCAGUACUCUACACGUUUUAUCAUCCGGUAUCACCGAAGAAUUUCUAGACUACUACAUGGUCAAUGCAGUAGUCCUGUUCAUCAAUUUCUUCAUCAUUCUCAGUUAUCCUAUCAAUUUUGCCAUUUACUGUGGCAUGUCGAGGCAGUUUCGAGAGACAUUUAAAGAACUGUUUAAUAAGGGAGCCGAAAUUCGAAACGGAGGUUCCUCAAGGUAUUCUUUAGUCAAUGGACCCAGAACAUGCACCAACGAAACAGUACUUUAAGUACCAUUUUAUGUUAUGUAUCAUAUAAUGUGUAAUACGAACCGAUCUACUACCCAUUGAAGUGUAACUAGCAUAGCAGAAGACAUUACCAGAAGAGUGCACAGGUUUCCAAAUUCGACAAAAUUCAGUACGAUGGUCAAUAUCACAGAAGGAUAUUAGAGGAUAAGUUUGGAUUGAACGGGACACUCCAUAUGGCUGCUCCAUCUGCAAUGUGCAUUUUGCAAUUAGUCUUCGAUCAUGGACUACAUUCGAUAACAGAUCAAUUUCGGGAUCGACAUUCGACCGCAUUUCCAGAAAAGGAAAGCUACAUCUUCUAGUCCAGUAACCGAACAAUCAGUGAUCAGCUUCUUCCAGAAUCACAAGCUUGCGUCAAGAGUGACACUCGAGAGACAUUAAGCAUCGUGGGAUAAUUACCAAUCGUUGGACCACUUCAGGAACAUUGUUCGUCGUGGGAGAUUACCUUCGUCAACUACAAGGGACCAUUUCUAUUGGGUGUCUAUCUAUUUGCAAAAGUAUAAGUCAAGCCUAUGAAUGACUAUCUAAGAUGUUAUAAGAUACUUUUAAUUACAUUGGAGACAGUUUCUGACUAUAGAAUGGUGGCAGUUCCAUUUGGAAGGUAUCCCCGGGGGUAAUGCGCCUCUUCCAGGAUCGCCAGCGUACUUCAAGAGAGACUCUUUUACAGAUUCUCGAGAGACUUCAGCCAUCCUGGCAUGAUCACCAAUCCUUGAAUCACUUCAGAAAUAUCGUUCAUCGUGGAACCUUCGUCAACAACGAGGGACCAUUUCUAACCUGUGCGAAUAACUGCCAACCGUAAGGGUCAUUUACCAAUGACUGUGAUGGUCUUCCAGCAGUUAGGAGUCCCUUCCAACAUCGAAGGUCAUUACUUAUAGUUGCCGACCAUGGAAUGGGGGUG